GAUUUUUUCGUCAAGGAGGAAUAGUAUGUUAACCUUAACAGCGCUGCAGAAUAAUAUACAAGGGCUCACUCCGUUAUACAUGCCAAUGAAUCUAAAUACAGAAUUUCAUAAGUCCAAAGUGACGGCUGUGAAUAAACUGCAUUACAUUUUAAGCCACACAAACAGAAAACUUCUACAGGAACAGGACUUUAAACCAUUGCUCCUGUGUUCUUUAACCCUGGUUUAUUACUUUGGUAUGCGAAUUAAAUUAAACAGACUCAUUUCAAAAUAUUGGCAUUGGUGUGGCAGGCGUCGAUUUCAUCAAGCAGAAACAGCCUUUCAAAUAACUAUGGAUAUGUUGUUACCAGAAUGUAAUGAAGCUACAAUUAAGACUACUCUUAAGUUCUUUUCAGACGUGCAACUUUGGUCCUUUGAGAGUUUCGUUGAACAAAUUCUGGAAGUGCUUCUGUUCUUCGACAGAGGAAAGACGACACUCUUCAACAUGAUGCUCACAGACAUUCACUAUGUCCUGUUCAUCGACAUGGAGUCAGUGACCAGACAUCGCAUGAGAGUCUUGUACAAUUUACUCAAAAGUUCUAAUUGGGUCAUUGAAAAUGGAAAGCUUUUACCGUUCGUCACACGUUUGUUAGAUUUUUUCGCUUAUAGCGUCUCCAAGGAUGAUGGAAGGACAACACAGUACAGAUAUCUUAGAAAAGGUUUCGAAGUAUGUUUGCGUCGAAUCUUUGAAAGAGUGGAGAACAAGCAUCGUAAGUUAAUAAUAACUACAAUGCUUAACUGGUUCUCAAUGGUUAACAUGAAUCAGGAGCAUGUCCUAGAGUUUUCCACAUUGUUAGACCACGCUGCUGAAUUUUAUCAAGUGGGUAUAUACAAAGAUAGCUUCGGUCAAGGAUUGAUUGAACACGUGCUCGUCAAUUUAGUAGGAUCUUCGAAUGCCACCAACAGUCUUGUUGGUUGUAGGCUUAUGCUGAAAUUCUUAGACCGCCAGCACAACUCACAAUAUCUCGUAAUUCCAACGUUGUUCUAUGAAUUUUCACAGGUGCGACUAAAAGUCGGUGAUUAUGACAUUAAAGACAAACUAUUCAUUCGAUAUCACAGAGAAAAGCUAAACAAUAAUCUGUUGAAGGCAAUUAAAAGACACGGCACCAAUAUUGUUAAUCUGAAAACUAUAUACACUAUAGUGUGUUGUAUGGUGUUGGAAGUACCUUGCGGACUGACAGCUGCAGCCGCCGCUUGCAUCGUGAUGGCCAUACAAGAUCAGGCUCUGAAUGGAGAGAACAUACCGGCGCCCUGCAGAUACUGGCUGCAUGCCGUCGUCGUGUCUAUAAUGUCCCUGAUAUGUUGGGUCCACAAGGCGCCCGUGCUUUACACCUACGUGAACCAUAUUGUGGCACGCCGAGCGAAGGAGGCACCACAAUUAAACCCGCCGUUGAUGUACUUUUACAAGAUUGGCAGGCAUCACGUCACAUGGAAUAAGCCUACCCUUUUUUUUGAAGACUGGGAAUUACGUUAUGCACUCUGGAAACAUUUCCAAGAUACACGGACCACACCAUUUGCUGAGCAGACCAUUACCAGAAAAGUACCAUCACUCGAUUUGCAAAAUUGA